GCGAGCAGGCAGUGCUGCAAGAGGAAGAGGCCCCCAGAGAAGGCUGGAGAAAGCCCAGAGAGAAAAGAGGCACGAUGAAGGCCCCUGCACUGCUCCGGCACCUCCACCUGCACUUCCUGAAGGGGCUUCUAAGAUUCUCUUCCCACCGGCACUUUGUCUGCUCCCCGAGUGCUCCUCUCGGGCCAGGCCUCCAGCUACCUCCUCCAGGCAGUCCCCUUGGAGUCCACAGUACGAAGUGGAUGCUGCUGCCAGGCGGGUUUGAGAGAAAACUGUGUGCAUGGACAACGCUCAGGGAACACCCAGAAGGACUGUCUGAGAAAGAACAACGACUCAUGGACAAACUUUAUACUGGUUUAAUCCAAGGGCAGAGGGCCUGCUUGGCAGAGGCCAUAACGCUCGUAGAGUCAACUCACUGCAGGAAGAAAAAGCUGGCCCAGAUGCUUCUUCAGAGAGUGUUAUCCUACCACAGAAAACAAGAAUUAAACAAAGGAAAACCACUAGCAUUUCGAGUAGGAUUGUCUGGACCCCCUGGUGCUGGAAAGUCAACCUUUAUAGAAUAUUUUGGGAAAAUGCUCACUGCGAGAGGGCACAGGCUGUCUGUGCUGGCGGUGGACCCUUCUUCUUGCACGAGCGGUGGGUCGCUCUUAGGUGACAAGACCCGGAUGCCUGAGUUAUCAAGAGACAUGAAUGCGUACAUCAGGCCGUCCCCCACUAGUGGAACUUUGGGAGGUGUGACAAGGACCACAAAUGAGGCCAUUCUGUUGUGUGAAGGAGGGGGAUAUGACGUCAUCCUUGUUGAAACUGUAGGUGUGGGCCAGUCAGAGUUUGCGGUUGCUGAUAUGGUUGACAUGUUCGUGUUACUGCUGCCACCCGCAGGAGGAGAUGAAUUGCAGGGUAUCAAAAGGGGUAUAAUUGAGAUGGCAGAUCUGGUGGCUAUCACUAAAUCCGAUGGGGACUUGAUUGUGCCAGCACGGAGGAUACAGGCAGAGUACGUGAGUGCGCUGAAGUUGCUCCGCCAGCGUUCCAAAGUCUGGAGACCGCAGGUAAUUCGCAUUUCUUCCCGAAGUGGAGAGGGGAUCACUGAGAUGUGGGAUAAAAUGAGGGAAUUCCAGGACCUUGCACUGGCCAGCGGAGAGCUGGCUGCUAAGAGGAAGAAGCAGCAGAAGGUGUGGAUGUGGAGUCUCAUUCAGGAGAGCAUGCUGGAGCACUUCCGGACCCACCCCACAGUCCGGGAGCAGAUCCCCGUGAUGGAGAAGAAGGUUCUCGAUGGGGCCCUGUCCCCGGGACUAGCGGCAGACCUGUUGGUGAAAGCUUUUAAAAGCAGAAAAUGAAAAGCUUUUAAAAAGCUUUUAAAAGGAAAAUGUAUCCUAGACAAUGUAUAUAUCAUCUCACAAAGUAUUUUACUAUUAAAAAAAAAGU